AUGCUCGCCAGGACCUUCGUAUUGUCCCUGCAGCACUGGCUGGGCGGUACCCCAGAAAACUUGGAGGCAAUGCUGCUGCGCAUUGCCGGCGGAUACGUGCCCUCUGUGGACUCCAUUGACACAGAGUCCAUCAUGGAUCCAGUGGUUCUUCCUGACAUGGGAAUUUGGCACCCUCUGGCUCCAAGCAUUUUCGACUCUAUGACUGAGUACAAGGAAUGGUACGAGAAAGUGCAUUGCCCUGCAGCAGGCAUCGCGGCGGAUUCCCCGAUGAUUGGUCUGGUGUUGCAAAAGUCGCACAUUGCAACCAAGGAUGACGGCCACUACGUUGGCAUGGUGCAGGAGCUGGAAAGGCGUGGGGCACGAGUGGCCUGCACGUACACCGGUGGCUUGGACUUCUCUGUGCCAGCGAAGGAAUACCUUGCAGGUCCCAGCGGUGAAGGCGUCGUGGAUGCCUUGGUGAACUUAACGGGCUUCUCCCUUGUUGGCGGGCCAGCAUCUCAGGAUGCCGCGAAAGCUAAGGAGGUUCUCAUGCGCUUCAAUCGACCCUACUUGGUGAGUGUCCCGUUGGUCUUUCAAUCCUUCACAGAAUGGCAGAACAGCCAACUUGGCCUUCACCCGGUGCAGGUCGCCCUGCAGGUGUCCUUGCCUGAGAUCGACGGUGCGAUUGAGCCGCUGAUCUUUUCCGGCCGUGACGGCACCACAGGUCGGUCUAUUCCGAUGCAAGAUCGGAUCGGUGCCUUAGCGACACGGUCCAUGAACUGGGCAAACUUGCGCAGAAAGCCCAAUGCCGAGAAGAAGCUCAGCAUUUGCGUCUUCCAGUUCCCUCCUGACAAAGGCAACGUGGGCACGGCCGCCUACCUGGAUGUCUUCGGCAGCAUCUUCGCGGUGAUGGGAGAGUUGAAGAAGCAGGGCUACACGAUCGAGGACAUGCCCGACAGUGUGGAGGGCUUGCAGAAGUCCAUACUGGAAGACCCUGAGGCAGCCAUGUCCAUGUCAGAUCUGAAUGUCGCCUACCGAAUGAGUGUGGAUGAGUACGAGGAGUUGUGUCCCUUCGCCAUGGAUCUCCGUGAGAAUUGGGGUGCUCCGCCGGGCGAGCUGAACACUGAUGGUCGGGACAUGCUGAUCUAUGGGAAGCACUUCGGCAACAUCUUCCUCGGUGUGCAGCCUACCUUCGGCUAUGAGGGUGAUCCCAUGCGGCUUCUUUUCGCCAAGUCGGCAUCCCCACAUCACGGCUUUGCUGCUUUCUACACAUACCUUGAGUUUAUCUUCAAGGCGGACGCCUUGCUUCACUUUGGCACUCACGGUUCCUUGGAGUUCAUGCCAGGCAAGCAGGUGGGCAUGUCCGGAGGCUGCUAUCCCGACCGCUUGAUCUCCGUGCUCCCGAAUUUGUACUACUAUGCAGCCAACAACCCGUCAGAGGCCACCAUCGCCAAGCGGCGCUCUUAUGCCUCCACGAUCUCGUACUUGACCCCUCCUGCAGAGAACGCGGGCUUGUACAAAGGCUUGAAGGAACUCAGUGAAUUGGUGAAAUCGUACCAAGGCCUGCGCGAGAACGAGCAACGUGGUGCUUCCAUCGUGAACAGUAUCGUGGCAACAGCUCGCCAGUGCAACUUGGACAAAGAUAUUGAGCUUCCUUCAGAGGAGGACGAUAUGGCAGCUGUUUCACUGGAUGAGCGAGACGCAGUGGUGGGAAAGGUGUACCGCUUGCUCAUGGAAAUCGAGUCGCGAGCUCUGCCGAUGGGCCUGCACCAAGUUGGCGUUCCACCGACUGCUGAAGAAAGCAUUGCGACCUUGGUGAACAUUGCCCAGUUGGAUCGUCCGGAGAUGGGCAUCAAGAGCCUUCCACGGCUCCUCGCCGAGAGUAGGGGGAAGGACAUCGAAGCCGUCUACAAAGGCAACAACGAUGGCAACCUGGAGGACGUGGCAUUGGUGCAAGAGAUUACUCUGGCCAGCCGCGCUGCCGUCGGGGCUUUGGUGCAGCAAUCCACAAACUCAGAAGGCCGCGUUGAAGAAGUGAACACCUUUGUGCAGGACAUGUUCAAUUUCUUCGCGGGGGGCUCUCCUUACAAGAAGGCUUUGGAUGAAUCUGGCUUUUCAGGUGUGGCAGAGGAGCCGCUGAAGCCGCUCUUUGAGUACCUCCAGGCCUGCCUCGGGGAGGUGGUGCGCAACAACGAGGUCCCGAGCCUGAUCAACGCCUUGGAGGGGAAGUUCAUUGAGCCGGGUCCGGGUGGCGAUCCAAUCCGAAAUCCUGACGUCUUGCCGACGGGGAAGAACAUGCAUGCCUUGGACCCCAAUUCCAUCCCUACCAAGGCCGCGAGCGACGUGGCGAUGGAGCAGCAAGGGGAGAUCCCCGAGAGUAUCGCUUUUACCUUGUGGGGGACUGACAACAUCAAGACCUACGGCGAGUCUUUGGCCCAGGUGCUGGCCUUGGUCGGCUGCAGACCCGUUCCGGACUCGCUUGGGCGAGUGAACAAGGUGGAGCUGAUUCCUUUAGAGGAGCUGGGACGGCCCCGGAUCGACGUGGUCUGCAACUGCUCGGGGGUCUUUCGGGACCUCUUCAUCAACCAGAUGAACUUGCUUGAUCGCGCGAUCAAGGCCGCCGCCGAGGCAGAGGAGCCCCCGGAGAUGAACUUCGUGCGUAAGCACGCCAUGGAGCAGGCCGAGGAGCUGAACAUCUCCCUGCGCCAGGCGGCGACCAGGGUCUUCUCCAAUGCAGCCGGCUCCUACUCUGCGAACGUCGGCAUCGCCGUGGAGAACGGAGCGAGCGUCGAUGAGGAGCAGCUACAGGAACAGUUCGUCACUCGCAAGGGAUUCGCCCUGAGCUCGGAUGCGCCUGGCGAGCUCAUCGAGUCUUCGGGGCUCUUCAAGUCGGCGCUGAGCAAAGUGGAUGUCACCUUCCAAAACCUCGACAGUUCCGAGAUCUCCCUCACGGACGUAUCGCACUACUUCGACAACGACCCCACCAAGGUCGUCUCAAACCUACGCAAGGAUGGCAAGAAGCCGGAAGCCUUGAUUGCCGACACCACCACAGCCAAUGCACAGGUGCGGUCCCUCUCCGCGCAAGUGCGCUUGGACAGCCGCACCAAGCUCCUGAACCCAAAGUUCUACGAGGCCAACCUCAAAGGCGGCUACGAAGGGGUACGCGAAAUCUCCAAGAGAAUGCGCUUUACGUUUGGAUGGAGCACCACGGCUGAUGCCGUCGACAACUUUGUCUAUGAAGACUGCAACAGCACCUACAUCAAGGACGAGGAAAUCAAAAACAAGAUGCUGGAAGCCAAUCCUGAUGCCUUGCGGGACAUGGUCCAGACCUUCCUUGAAGCAAAUGCCAAGGGUUACUGGGACACCGACGACGAGAACCUCCAACGCCUGCGCGACGUCUACCAGGAAUGCGAGGACCGCAUCGAGGGAGCGCCGCCUCCACCGCCGCCGCCGCUUCCCAGGCCGAGCUCGGCGACGGCGGAGCGCCGCGAAGGUUCUGGCGCGAGCGGUCCUUCCGCUGGGCGACUGGACAUGAACUGGAAGAAGGAACUCGAAGUUGCCCCAAUGGCGAACGAGAAUGGGACCUCCUAUCACGCUAUGACCCAACCGCCCAUGCGUGCCGAGGUGCCGACGGCAUGGGGAGCUGAUGGAGAGAUGCCACAUCGCCCGGGCCAAUGCUUGGGAAGAAGGGUAAAGGGGUCGAGAACAGACGGCUCCUGGCCAGGUUGCCACCACAGAGGGCUACAAGAGAAACCGCCUGCAUCCGCCAGGAUGACGACCUUCUGGGGCAUUUUUACAUAUGCUGCGAUCCCAUCGGGAUUCGUUGUAAUGCUCCUGCUGCUCAGCGACAUCGCCUUCCUUAUGCAGGUGGCCUCAAAGGUCAUGCGUGCACCCUCGCCAGUGACCCUGGGCAACCUUCGACUAAACGUCGCCGUGCUCAUGACAGCAUUCUGCGGCAUCCUCACAGUGAUAACUUACGCAAGUGUGCAGCGCGCACAGGCCAAGACGCAGAAGAUCGGUGCCUUGGAGCGAGAGACCUCGAACCUGUUCUACGUGGAGCGAAACUACUGGCUCUCGAUCCUGGCCCUGACGAUUUGGGUCACUUCCUGGAGACUUGAGGUGCUGUACCGGGAACGCCCACACCGUCCGGCCUUUGCGCUGAAUCUGAGGCCCAGCAAGGCUCUGUGGAUCGGGCUUGGUAUCGCCGCGCUACUGGCGGCGGAUUUGCCGCUGUGCCGGCUGAACUACCAGUUCCAGAUCUACUCGUAUGUCACGCCGGGCAAGGACAGUCUACAGGCCUCGCCGCUUGCAGCUGAGUGCAAUGGUGUCUACGCGAGCGAAGGGGGCAGGUGCAGCGAAUUUUGUCAACAAGUGCGGUCACUCUCAGAAGAACGCCUCGCAUCGGUGCAUUUCGCCCGCAAGUGGCAUGUUCUCGGUCGGUGGUCUGCAGAGGUCUUCGACAUGGCGCGGGAUGUACAGCAGGAUUCCAGCCAUGUGAACCAACUCUUUCAAAAGAAGCCCUGCGUGGACGUCCUGAAGAGCGUUGACAAGAGCAACGACAUGGUCAAUGCCUUCUGCCUCGUCCUGGCAGGAGUAGCAGUGCUGGUCGCGUUUGCAGCAUUUUCGCAAGUUCUGGGCGAUGCAGUCGAGACGAACCUGCAUUCUGAUUGA